CAGUUUAACAAUAAAUAUAUUCUUGGUGGCUACCAGCCUACAAAAGUAGACUAUCUUGAGAUCUUUACCAGUCUGAUCUUUUUAUAUAAUAAGUCUUGCAAUGUCUAUACUUAUCUACUAAUUAGGGCUCUGCUUCUACUACUUGUUAUAACUACUUUUCAGCAAGAAUUAGCACAGUCUUAA